GUGAGAAAAGGCAACUUUACUCUUCAAUGUGAAGAAAGACUGAUGAGCCAAAAGGGAAUUAUUUCAAGAAUGCUGAGUAGAACAUUGGAAGAAUGUCCUACUAUGGAAGAAUGCCUUCAAGCUAUCAAAUGUUUCACACGUCCGUCUAAUUUCACUGGAACAACAAACAUGUCUGGCCACAAGAAUAAGAAUGGAGACAGGACCAUUGCAGCAAAUUGCUGUCCCCAAACACCAGAUGAGAUAGACAUCUCAGAGAGUAUUCUCAGCGAUCAGCUAGAGAUUACUAGCAGUGACCUUAAGGAUUCAUCUUCUCCCACUGAAGAGGAAUUAUAUGUGUGUGAAAUGACAACUGAGCCACGCGUUUCUCUUUCUCUGGAAACAUCAGAUGAAGAACACCAACAAGCAGAAGAAGACGAAAAAGUAACACGCACAAGAAAACCACCUUCAAAAAUGGAUAAAACUGUUCAUGAAAGUAACCCUCAACAACGUCAUAUAAACGUGAAAAUGUCCUCAAACAAGGAACACCAGCGGAUAUAUGACAAGAAUAAUUACUGCCUUUACUGUGAGAAGCUGUUUGCAAAGCUCACAAGACAUCUGAAGCAAAAGCACGCUGAUAAGGUUGAAGUAGCUAAGGCACUUGCACACAGGUAAGGUUCCACACAGCACCGUCUUCUGCUGGAGAAAAUACGAAAUAUGGGGAAUUACCACCAUAACUGUUCAGUGCUAUCCUCUGGGAAUGGACUAAUAAUACCAAAAAGACAAGCAACCUAUUGAUCCUCAGCAACAGACUAUCUGCCUUGCAAGUUUUGCUUCGCUAUGUAUGUCAGAACUGACCUCUGGAGACAUCAUAAGCGUUGCAAACUGCAAGUGAAAAACGAUGGACUGGUGAAAAGAAAAGUUCAGGCAAGUUCUUCCCUGAUGUUGCCCUUGGACACAACAAUUUCUACCGGACUCAAACAAAUUCUUCAGGACAUGACAUAUGACAUUGUUACACAAGUGGUGAAAUCUGAUGACCUGAUUCUUUCACUGGGAGAAAGAAUGUUCCUCAAAAAUGGAGAAGUUCGACGUCAUCGGGCAGACAUCAGGAACAAGAUGAGGGAACUUGCCAGAUUUGUUUUGUCGGCUCGAAAAAUUGACAAAGACGUUAUGUUUUUGAAGGACUUGAUCAACCCAGGAAAGUUCAACACAGUACUUGAGGCUGUAAAAAUAUGACUGGGUUUGAUGCCUUAACAAACAGAUUCUCAGUUCCCUCAACAGCACUGAAACUUCGCCACUCCCUUGUGAAGGUGUCGCAUAUUGUGCAAGGAGAGGCUCUGCGUCAAGAGGACAAUGCCUUAAAGGGAAGGGCGGAACAGUUCAUCAAUUUAAUUUAACUAGAAUGGACAACACAUGUGUCAUCCAACGCACUGAAAACCCUGUACCAGAAGAAAUGGAACAGCCCCCAAACGUUGCCUCUAUCAGAAGACAUCAAAAAGCUCCAGGAUCAUUUAAAACCCUUGAAGAGUUGAACAAAAAGGCUCUCAUUGACCAUCCAUCAAAAACGUCAUGGAGUGAGCUCUCGCAAGUCACCCUGACACAGCUGAUUUUAUUUAAUCAACGUCGCGAAGGAGAAGUUUCAAGGAUGGAAGUACAGACAUACCUGCUGAGAAACAAAAGCCGUAUGCAUGAUGAAAUUCUGAAGAGCCUGUCACAAUUUGAGAAGCCAUUGUGUCAGAAUCUCAUCAGGG